AGCCUACCUGACACUUCCUGCCCAUGAAUGUUUCGCUUGUUUUGGCAGUGUGAUAUUUGUGUAUCUCUGCCAUGUUUGUGUACAUCUGUCGCAAGUUCAUUUACAUUUUUUAAACGUAUAACAUCGUCUUGACGCUCUGGAAUAAUAACCAUACGCACUAUAUUGGAUUAAAUGCGCAGCUGAGCCCGUUUAAUGGAUGACUGGAGGAAGAACGUGAUUGUUUCUUCUCAUUGAUCCAGGAUCAUACAGUAGCCUACAGAUAUAGCCUAUAAGGUAUGGAUGAUUUGUCAUGUGUGGGGUCUGGCUGAGGGCCGCUGUUGCCCUGGCGUCUGCACCCCAUUGGCUGAUUCACCAGCAUGUACCGUAGAAACGGCCUAUCGGAUGGCACCAGCAUUAGCUCCGCCUCCUCUGAGGGAAGCAGCAGCUCCGUGUCUGUGGACGGCCCGAGCGCGGACUACGCGAAGAGCUACGAUGCUGUCGUGUUUGAUGUGCUGAAAGUCACGCCAGAGGAGUUUGCAAGCCAAAUUACCCUGAUGGACGCCCCUGUUUUUAAGGCCAUACAGCCAGAGGAGCUUGCUAGCUGUGGUUGGAACAAAAAGGAGAAACACAUUUUGGCUCCCAAUGUCGUCGCCUUCACACGGAGAUUCAACCAGGUGAGCUUCUGGUUGGUGCGGGAAAUCCUCACCGCUCAAACGCUGAAGAUCCGUGCUGAGAUCCUGAGCCACUUUGUCAAGAUCGCAAAGAAACUUCUAGAGCUGAAUAACCUUCAUUCUAUGGUGUCGGUGGUUUCGGCACUGCAAAGCGCUCCCAUCUUUAGAUUGAGCAAGACCUGGGCGCUGAUCAAUAGGAAGGACAAGGCCACGUUUGACAAGCUGGACUACCUGACGUCUAAAGAGCAUAACUACGUCAGGAUGAGAGAGUACAUCCGCUCCCUAAAGAUGGUGUCCUGCAUCCCGUACCUGGGGAUCUACCUGCUGGACUUGAUUUACAUCGACUCGGCCUAUCCAGCGUCUGACAGCAUCAUCGAGACUCAACAGAGAACCAAUCAGAUGAACAACAUCCUGCGGGUGAUCUCUGACCUCCAGGUGUCCUGCACAUACGAUCACCUCGUGACGCUGCCGCAUGUGCAGAAGUACUUGAUGUCUGUUCGCUACAUCGAGGAGCUUCAGAAGUUUGUGGAAGACGACAAUUUCAAACUGUCUCUAAAAAUUGAACCCGGGAACAGCUCCCCACGCUUGGCCACAUCUAAAGAAGAUCUUGCAGGUCCGUCUGAGGUGCCGUUCUUGGUGAGGUAUAAUCGACGGCCCACGUGUCCUGAUGCCAGCGUGGGGGUCCACAUUCCCACCCCACCGCCCUCACGCCACAGGAAGAGCCACAGCCUCGGCAACGCUAUGAUGUGGCAUUUCGGUGUGGCGGAGAGUAAAAGUGUGACGUUCCCCUCAGAGAAAGCCCGUCACCUGCUGGACGACAGCUUCUUAGAGUCUCAGAGUCCGGCCCGGAUCAAUCCGCACGGCUCAUCCGUGUCCAACGGCGUCUCUAUAGGCAGCAGUCAGAGUUCAGUGUGUGGUGAUCUUUCCCCGGGACUCGAGAGGGGCCGCAUGUACUCGACUCUGGGCCCUAACUGGAGGGUCCCUCACCGCAACUCCCCCAGAGGCCGCAGCCAUGCCCACAGCCCGUCAUUAGCAGAGCCCAGUGUGAGUCCCGGAGAGCCAGGCGUCACGAUGCAGGGGCCGGUGAAGAGGAAAACCCUGAUGAAGGAGGGCAAGAAGCCUACGCUUGCCUCAUGGAGCCGGUAUUGGAUCUCGCUGUGUGGUUCGACUCUGAUGUUCUACAGAUCGAAAGCUCUUCGAGCCGCUGAACGCAAACAUUACAAGUCUCACGCGUGUAAGAAAGUGUCUGUUCUGGGCUGGAUGGUUGUUCUGCCGGAUGAUCCGGAUCAACCCAACAUCUUCCAGCUCAACGAUCCUGAUAAAGGGAAUGUUUACAAGUUUCAGACCGGAGAUCGGUUCUCUGCGAUCAUCUGGCACAAGCGGCUGGAGGACGCCUGUCGGAGAAGAAGACCUCAGAUACCAGCGAAUCUCAUGUCAUUUGAGUAAAUGGACUUGUGUAGCUCUCGCCUGAAGACUUUAUAAUGUGCCAAAGGCCACAGAGAUUGAGAAGAACAUGAUUAGUUCAGAAAAAGGGCAAAGAAAGAGCAAAAACCUCCCAAGAGUCUCUGAGCCGAUCUGUCCGAUGAGCCCGACGUCCACAACUGAGAUCGAGAUGUGUGUGACAAACCUGGACAUGGAGGUGUGCGCACUAGUUCUGCUAACAGAUAUGAGAAGAAAAGGAGGGAAAUUUACCCUUUCAACUCCAUUAUGUCUUCAGUAUGAGACUUCUGGAUCUCGCAUUGUGGGAAUUAAAUUGAACACAGAAGCUUGACAUGGGCAUCGAUGUGAGAAAUCUUGAAGUGCCCCCGUUGGAAAUCAUCUGUAGCCGAAGACUAAAAAGCCAAACUAACAGGCCUUUGUUCCUAGAAAGAGCCGUAACAAACAAAACACAGAUGUAUCCGCACAAUUCCUCAAACCUGUCAUCUGUUCAUGGUUUAGUUACACACACAACGGCUGCCAAGAUCUCUAACCUUAUCUCUUAUUAGCACAGUGAUUUUUAUUUGUGUUCAACGAUAUGAUGUGAGAUCUAGUCGAAGGAUAUUGUGACUUUACAGCAGGGAUUCUGUAUCUAAUGUCAGUUUUAGCCAUUUUAUACUCGGAAAAGCUGGUUUUGGGCUAAGUAUUUACAAAUUCUCGUGACUUUCCUGUAAAAUGACGGUAUUAAGUAGAUUUUGCUCAUAACUCACUACUUAAACCAGCUGAAAUAUGUCCAACAAAAGCAGGCGGUUUGUGUUCGUCACAGUUACUUUUCUUUGAAAGUGUUUCUUGUAACGGGACAAAACUGUUAUCAGUCAAAACAACUUAUUUCCUUAUUAUUAAGCCAUCUCACAAAUACAAGAACGGCGUCCUUUGAAUGUGAGAUCAUCAACAUUAUCAUUGAAAAAAUCUUAAGCGCUCACUUAAUCUCACUAAACCCUUCAAAAACAUGCCCACGUCAUAUCUUAGCCACACAUGAUGCAUUGUGACGACAUAUUCAGGACAAUUAAGCACACUUAAACCCCCAAAUUGUAAUAGAAACUCUAAUAAAAUACAAAUAUAUAUAUAUAUUUUUAAAUUGUAAUUAUUUAUACAUCAUGGUCAUAUUUAUUGUACUGCCUUUAAUUUAUGCUUAUUGAUUUCUUUUUUUAAAUUAUUGAAUGUUUUUUAUAUUGUAAUGCAAUUAAAAUGCUUAAUUGGCAAGAAAAUGUCACAAGGAUUUAAAACAAAAAUGCAGUAAGAAUACAGUCAAGUUUCUCAUAAUUCCUCAUAUGUUUUGCAUUGUGUUGUGAAGUGUGACCUGGUCAUGUUCAGAGGAGAUUUAUCAUGGAGAAAAUGCAGUGACGCUCAGAUAUGAUGGCUAUUACCUGAAAAGAGUUUGGAUUUUGAAGAGAUAUCUGUUUGUUUAUGUCUGAUUAUAUCAGUUUAGUUAAGAAUGUGCAACAUCAGAUCGAGUGAUGGAUCAGCACUAUAGGGAAUAAUGGAGUCUCUGUAAGUUCAUUUCUCAAAUUUUGUUCUGUGCAGGACUGAUGAUUGUAAUGAAGUGUGUGUGUUAUAAAAUGACAUUGAACUCUUAUAGAGGUGUGUGUGUCUGUCACUGAAGGAGAAACACUGGACACAAUCUCUGAGUACAUUCAUAUCAGCCUCAGAAAUCUGACAUAAAGUCAAUAAUUCUCUUCAGAAGGAAAAUUCUGUCAUGAUAUUCUCCUCAUGUUGUUUGAUCCAGUGUGCUGGUUUAUUAUUAAAAUGGCAUAUUUGAGUUUUUCCAUAUAUUGACCAAUAAACCCCCC